GUGGGCACUGGCAGCAGAAGCGGGUCUGCCUAGGGGAGACUAGGUAUACUUAGCAAAAGGCUCACCUUUUGAUUCCGAGCCUUCACGUCCACUUUGGCUGCCCGAGCCCGGCUCCUCCUCUUUCAUCUCCACUUGCGAUCACCUCUUUGUUACUGUUCAAGGCCACGCGCAUGGCGAGGUGCAAACAUUUAGCUUGAGCACGCGUACAGUGUCGUACGCAUGCAAGAGCGCGGGGACUGGCGUAAGCGACUUGCAGACCACUGGUACGCAUACUCGCUCCUCGAUUGUUGUCGCGAUGUACCUUGUCGCUGCCACAGUCGCCUAUGAGGGCUUGGCACUGCGUCGAUAAAGGCAUGCAUUGCACAUGGGAACGUGGCCAUGAGUGAAAACGUGAGGGGGCGUGAUGAUGGUUGUAGGUUUGGCUGUGGGUGGCAGCCACUUCCGACGACUGGGAAAUCAUUGAACCGCAUGCAUCUCACGUCGAGUCAACCCUUCGCAAGAGUCGGACGUAAUCGUGGCGUACGUUUCGAAAGCCACGCUCCGUGCUCAGAGUGCUCCUCGUUCGACCCGCUGCCCUGGCGUGCUCGUGUUCGAAGGCUGUCGCCGCCGAGCGAUCCAUCGCAAGAGCAGCCAUCGGGAGCACCAAGGACGCCGCCUGCUCCCCGCGUGCUUGUCCCCAAUUCAGAAGCGUUGAAUACGAAGGCACUGUCGCAGCCGCCCGAAAAAGCGCGCGACGAGGUGGUGCUGAUCUGGUCACAGGACGUUCCUGUUGGAUCCAGAAGAUCAUAUAGUACCGUGUGGCCAACUAGAAGGUGUGGAAGACUGGUAUAUGGUUAAGUACGUACUGAGUUCUUGCCGCUUUGAGUUUCCGCA